GCCGAAUUUUUGCUGCCCCAACCUACUAGUUCCGCAAACUCAGUGGUGAAACCGUCCUAAAGUCAUUUAUGGCAGGCUACACAAUGGGCUGCCCAGCAAAUCAUUUAGUCGGUUAUAGCGGCUGGGAAGACAAAUCACCAAAACAUUUUCAUAGCCCCUGGCACAAAUGCCCAAAAUCUGUGUUCACCGGACUUCUUAUUGACACAUUCCGAUUGAUCACGGCUACAAUAUGCUCAUUCACCGCAGUAUAGAGGUAUUCCGAUCGAGGGGCACUGCCGCCCGAGUCCACAAUGGGGACACAUCGCCCAGUGAAGCUUAAAUAGCUACCAAUCCUGCAACAGAUGUCCAUCAUCAAACAGAGAACUUGGGGCGCAACAUAAGCUGCAGUCGCCUGCUUCAGUCAUCAGUCAACGAGAACCAUCACUGACCCAGAAACUGAACAAAUGUCUAAUCAGAAUUCCCUUCACCCUGGUCAGGCUUGCCUUGAGUGCCGUCGUCGAAAAACCAGAUGUGAUGGAGUUCGACCAACAUGCUCCAGGUGCCAGCGUCUCCGAAAGGAUUGCGUUUUCGAACCUGAAGCCCGACGACCCCAACUCGACCGUAUGGAGGAAAGACUUCUAGAGCUGGAAGGCAUUAUCGGGGAACUGGCCCGACGGCCUGUCUCACUCAAUCACGAACUUAUCCGUAGGCUUAUGCGUGAUGAUGUCCCCUCUACGGACAGAACUCCCGCCCACAGGCAGUUCUUUCCACUUUACUGCGACCCCCCGAGGGUUUCCUCGGGCGGUGUGGUCACCGGCUCUGAGAUGUCAGAGGGUUAUGGAAGUGUCGUUCCACGUGCCCUGCUAGAUGCUGGCCUACAGCGCGUCACAGAAGAGGUGCCGCUGGAGCUGGCAGAUGACCUCACGCGACUAUUGCUGCCAUUCAGGGGUCAAUUCCAUUUCUACGUUCAUAUCCCUCGGUUCCUUCAUAAGAUUCGUCUCCAGCCCUCUGAUGCUCAGGCUGUUCACCCCGCUCUCCUCAAUGCUGUUUUUCUGGCGGCGUGCAAUGUCGGUGGUGGAUUCAUGGCCACCUAUGAGACUCUUUUUCUCAACCGUACUCGUCAUUUCCUCCAACAAUCACUUGCCAUGGCCGAUCGCUUGGUCGACUUCAUGUGGGCGAACGUCCUUCUUGUUUCUUACUAUAUCCGUGUAGGUCGAGUCGUUGAAGCGCACAACGCCCUUGCCUCUACGGUGCGCUUUGCCGUAGGUGCAGGUCUCCAUGACGCAUCCGAGGGUCAGACCGGACUGGCAAUGCCUCCCGCUGAUAGUACCGAUAGAAUGGAGAGAACCCACCUCUGGUAUGCCCUCAUGCUAUGCGAAGCCGCCAUAGGCGUAGGUGCUGGCUUACCACCUUCGGCCCCGCGCGAGCAUUGCGCUUCUCUUAAGGCUCUCUUUUUCGGUCGGCAGAUUCCAAGCGGCGCAGUGGAGAUUAAGACGAAGGCCGCAGUCCUCCUUCACGAAAUAAAGAAUCUCAUCGCCAUCCCGAUUGGCCCCAACGGACGACCGUUGUCCGACUUCUCCCAGCGUUACAACACCCUAAUCGCAGCGCAUUCCACACUCCGUUCAGAAUUGCCUUCACUUGUAGACCCUUGCGGCCUCCAGCCCACUGAGGCAGUAUCCUAUGCAAAUCCGGACCUCGUACAAGCGCACUUGUCGUUUCAUGUUUGCACCAUUCUGCUUUUCAAUAUACAGACGUCGGGAAGUCAAAGUGCGGCCGCCAGCGAACAAGUCACUCACGCUGCCCAUUCCAUGGCGAAUAUUGCACUGCAUGUCAGAAGAGGCGUGGUCCUGAUGCCUAUCCAGGCACAUUUAACCUCUGUGUGGUAUUACCAUACGGCAUGUGAAGUACUUAUUCGAGAGAUAAAACGCCUGACAACUGGUGGCUCUCCUGGACCUGAGGGGGCCGUGGAACAGACGGAUAGAAGCUUGGCUGCCCUAUUUGAUACACUCCUAGAUCUCGUUGAUCUAUAUCCACGUUGGCAGUCCACUAUUCGCAAGCUACCCCAGCUAUUCGAGAGUGAUGAGUAUGAUACCAUUUAGGUAGAGGCUGUAUGAGCCUGGCCUGUCAGCUAUGUCCGGCCCCACAAUCUGCUUUUUUAGUUCGAUUUCAGUUUUCCGUUCGUACCAAACGGUAAUUACCAUUUUCGGGCAUUUCUAAAGUGCCAUUUUUGCACUUAGUGUGGACUC